AUGUUCAGAAAGCUGGAAGAAAACGUGAUCCUGAACAACGGCUAUUACAUAGCGGAGGCAGGGGAAAAAGGUCCCGAUAGAGCGUACGGACUCAUACAGUGCAGAGGCGAUGUUUCAAAGUCUAACUGCACUAACUGCACCAGACGGUCGUUCAUUUUGAAUGUCAACGACCCCUCGUGUGGCAAAGGAGUCCUGACCUGGCAGACCUGGUGUUUGCUCAGGUAUUCGAACGUGAGCUUCUUCGGGACUUGGGAGAAAAACAGUUUAACUGUAUCUCAAUCGAACCGUGCGAGUUUGGUAGAGCAGUCGGUGGCGGCGGCAAAGGGGAAGAUGUUGAUGAUGGGGCUGGCGGAGGCGGCUCCCGGAGAUAGUUUGAUGUUCGCGAAGGGAGAGAUCGAUGACGGCCUUGGCGGGAAGAGGUAUGGGACGGCCCAGUGCACCAGAGACUUGGGAAAGUCGGCAUGUAGGGAUUGUUUGGAGUGGUUGGUUGAGGGCUUUGCGAGAAACGUUUCCGACGAUCGGAGUCGUACAAUCAAUGGGGUGGGCUGUUUCAUGAUCUACGAUAAUACUAGUUUCUACUUUAACCUUACUGCCGAAGAGGGACUAGGAAAGCCGGCACCUCCCAAAUCAAAUCCAGCAGCACCUCCCAAAUCAAAUGCACCAAACCGAGGUUUGGCAGGACGAUUAUCGAUGGCCAUAACCAUUUUCAUGACAACAAUGGCGUUUCUCUAA